AUGUCUGUGCGUGUAGAUCAUCGGGAUCGAGACCGCGAUCGCGAACGCUUUUCGAGACACUCGUCUCGCGCUUCAGUGGAUCUAGCUUUUCCUAGCAGUUCCUCACGCGACCAUUCCUUCCGAUCGGUGCAUUCCGGCCGAGUGCCACGCGUCGCUAGCGAUGAUUUGAUGGUGCCCGUGCGCACGUUACGGUCCGCAUCAUGUCGUGCUACGUCAGGAGCGCCUCAUCGGUUGCGGCGGCAUCACUCAUCUGCAGCAGAAUGCGACAGAACCCGUCGCCCCCGUCGACACACGCUGGAACUGCCCAACAGCCGGGGUCCCAGUGUGAGAAGUCGCUCUCCAGAGCCACCACCCCCGCAGCCUGUUGAGCCCGAGAUUCCUCCAGAGGACGCCAGCAAGGAGGCACGGCGGCGACGCGUAGUGGCAGCUGUGGCGGCGUCGUUCUUCAUGCUGGCGCUGGCGUCAAUCCUGGUCGUGGUGGUGACGCUCACCCACAGCUCCGUGAUGCGCGCUCACAACCAAACAGCCAAGUACUACACGUUCUCCGUGCCGCCGCACCAUCCUCUCAGUGAGCCCCGUUCAUGUUGCCCCACCGUCGCCCCUCCCGCUUCGCAUGAGACUGACUCCGACCCCGACAACGUGGGGCUGCGAACGACCCGCCGCGCCGACUGUCCAACAAUAUUUUUGGUACUUAUUGGUACAUUUACAUUAGUAGCGUUUUCACUACUACCAAGCGAUGUCCUAAUUCACAGUGGACUGAACAGUUUUCAAACUAUGCUGAGCUUUGUCUUCUUUCGAGCUUAA